AUGAAUCCCUUGGUCGCCUCCCGCUUCGCGACCCGCGUCGGGGCGCCGAGAUCGUGGACAUGCUCGACUUGUCGCGGCCAAUUGGCCUUUACGCCGGCGGCGACACGUCUCGGUAUCGCUGCGAGAAGAUUUGCGUCGGGCGGUAGCAGCUCCUCUGGUGGGAGCGGCAGUAAAGAUCGCAAGGGCCGGUCCCGGAGAGUCCUCCUGCUCGCCUCAACGGGCGCCACUGGUGUCGCGAGCACCGCCCUCGCCUUUACCGACGAUAUCAAAACGAGCUACGAGGCCGCCGAGAGGACGGGCCGGGUCAUUGCCGCUUUGGCAAUUUGCAUCAAUGACUAUCGGACGACCUUGAACGCCAAAGCGACCAUGACCAACGAGGAGGAGCAGAACAACGUGCUCACUGCCUGCCAUAAGCGAUGCGCCGAGCGAACACUCAAGGUGCUGGAGAAGAAUGGUGGCAUUUUCAUCAAACUCGGACAGCACUUGAGCGCUAUGAACUACCUCUUGCCACCCGAAUGGACAACGACAUUCAUACCACUCCAAGAUAAAUGCCCCGUGUCGUCGUUCGAGUCAAUUGAAGACAUGUUCCGCAAGGACACCAACGAGGACCUGUGGCAUUACUUUUCCGACUUCUCCCCCGAGCCCAUUGGCGCCGCCUCGCUCGCGCAGGUGCAUCUGGCGACGGUCAAGGACACCGGCCGCAGGGUCGCCGUCAAGGUGCAGCACCCGGAGCUGCAGGCCUGGGCACCGCUCGACCUGGCGCUGACCAGGUACACCUUCUCCACGUUGAAGCGCUUCUUCCCCGAGUACGACCUCGAAUGGUUGGCGUCGGAAAUGGAGGUCUCGUUGCCAAAGGAACUCGACUUUCAGGAGGAGGCAGAAAACGCCAAGCGCAUGAAGGCGCAUUUCGAAAAGGUCCCCGAGCUGCCCCUGGUCGUCCCGGAAGUCAUUUGGGCCAAGAAGCGCAUCAUCGUCAUGGCGUGCGAGUCGGGCAGUCGUCCCGAUGACCUGGAGUACCUUGAUCGCAACGGCAUAGACCGCGACGAGGUCUCUGCCGUGCUCGCCCGCAUAUUCAACGAAAUGAUCUUUGGCGACGGCGCCCCGUUGCACUGCGACCCGCACGGAGGAAACAUUGCGAUCCGCAAGAACAACUCCAGGCGUGGGCUGGGGCGCGGUCCCAACUUUGACGUCAUCUUGUACGACCACGGCCUGUAUCGCGACAUCCCCCUGCCCCUGAGGCGGUCGUACGCCAAGAUGUGGCUGGCCGUCAUCGACGGCGACAUGGACCGCAUGAAAAAGUACUCCAAGGAGGUCGCCAACAUCAGCGACCAGGACUUCCCGCUCUUCGCGUCCGCCAUCACGGGCCGCGACUACAGCGUCGUCAGCCGCGAGGGGUCCAUCCUCAAGACGCGCUCCUCGGACGAGGAGCAAAACAUGUCGGGCGCGCUGCAGGAGGGCCUCAUCGUGGACCUCGUGCAGAUGCUCAGCCGCGUGCCGCGCAUCAUCCUGCUCAUCCUCAAGACCAACGACCUGACGCGCAGCCUCGACGAGAACCUGCAGACGCGGCAGGGCCCGAUCCGCAGCUUCAUGAUCCUCGCGCGGUACUGCACGCGGACCGUCUUCCACGAGCAGCUCGAGGAGAUCCGCGCCAAGGGCUCCCUCCUGUGGCCGCCCAACGCGGUGAGGGUGUUUGCCGCCUGGUUGGGGUACCUGCGCGUCGAGGUCAAGCUCGAGGCGUUUGAGCUGUGGCUCGGCGUGAAGCGGGUGCUUGGGCUGAGGGGCGCGCGAGUUGGCGCCACGAGUCCGCUGCAACAAUGA